UGAAACGCACAUGAGCAGAUGAGGCGGACGGCACUGGCUGGGUGCUGUGCUCGUCACUUCCGUGGCUGCCUUUGUUCUUGCUUUCAAGCGCGGCAGCCAUGGUGAUUUCUGUUAGAAAGCCUCAUUUCCCUGUAAAUAAAAGCUUCAAGUUUCAUAAAAUCAACACUACACCGGUUGUUUCGAUAGUUUCGGUGCUUUUUCUGGCAUCAACUCUUGCUUUCGGUUUCAUAUUUUCUGAUUAUUCAUUCAAAUAUGUCAACAUCAAUAGGUUCAAGAAGUUCUCCAUCCCCAUGUUUGGGAGCUUGGAGUUUGCAGAUUUGGAGGGUGAAGAUGCUGAAGGCAGCAGUAAUGAUUUAUAUCCAGAGAUUCUGAGGGAUGAGGCAGUGGCAAGACUUAAUGAGCUUGGAAAGAUAAGUGAUGCUGAUGGUUAUCUUGAGAGAACAUUCUUGAGUCAAGGUUCUAUAAGGGCAGGAAAUAUCAUUCGCAGUUGGAUGGAGGAUGCCGGUUUGACAACUUGGGUGGACCAAUUGGGCAAUGUACAUGGACGAACUGAGGGAAUGGAUGCAAGUGCUGAAGCUCUGUUAAUUGGCUCUCAUUUGGAUACUGUUGUUGAUGCUGGAAUUUUCGAUGGAUCAUUAGGUAUAAUUUCUGCAUUAUCUGCAUUGAAAAUUUUAAAAAUUGAAGGGAAGCUGAGAAAACUGAGGCGGCCAAUUGAGGUGAUUGCGUUUAGUGAUGAGGAGGGAGUUAGAUUCCAGUCUACUUUUUUAGGAAGUGCAGCCAUAGCCGGGAUUUUACCAGCAUCAGCUUUACAGAUGACUGAUAAAAGUGGUGUGACAGUGCAAGAUGUUAUAAAGGAGACUUCUAUAGAAAUUACUGAUGAAAACUUGUUGCAGAUCAAAUAUGACCCAAAGUCUGUAUGGGGUUAUGUAGAGGUUCACAUUGAGCAAGGGCCUGUGCUUGAAUCAAUUGGGCUUCCUCUUGGUGUGGUGAAAGGCGUAGCUGGACAGACACGUCUAAAGCAGGUGACAGUGAGAGGUUCGCAAGGGCAUGCUGGAACAGUUCCAAUGUCUAUGCGCCAGGAUCCUAUGGCUGCUGCUGCUGAAUUAAUUGUAUUAUUGGAAAGUCUUUGCAAACGUCCAGAUGAUUUUCUUUCUUAUGAUGGUCAAUGCAGUGGCUUCUCAAUGGAAUCAUUUGCUGGAUCUCUUGUCUGUACUGUUGGUGAGAUAUCAUGUUGGCCAAGUGCAAGUAAUGUCAUUCCAGGCCAGGUAACCUUCACUGUUGAUUUACGUGCAAUGCAUGACAUGGGACGUGAGGCUGUUAUCUAUGAGUUGUCGAAACAGAUGUAUCAAAGAUGUGAGAGGCGUUCUGUCUCUUGCAUAAUUGAACAUAAGCACAGUGCUAAUGCAGUGGUUUGUGAUACUGAAUUGAGCUCAAGGCUGAACGCUGCCGUGAACACGACACUCGGAAAAAUGUCAGCUGAAGUUCAGGAGGAAGUGCCUGUUCUGAUGAGCGGAGCAGGACAUGAUGCAAUGGCCAUGUCUCAUCUAACAAAGGUUGGCAUGCUAUUUGUUCGCUGUCGUGGAGGCAUCAGUCACUCCCCUGAAGAGCAUGUAUUGAACGAUGAUAUUUGGGCUGCUGGUUUGGCAAUCUUGGCAUUUCUGGAGACCUUUGUCUAAACUAAAAGAUUUACAGACAAAAGCCUUUUUCUAGUUGUAGGAAACAGUUUUCAUUUUUCAUUUUCAGAUUUUUAAAUAAUUACAAAAAUGCAAUGCUUUUCAGUUUUCCAAGAUCUGUAAAACAAUAAUAAAAAAAUAAAAAAAAAAGUUUGUUCUGAAGAAUUUUCUUUUUUAAAAAAAUAUUCUAUAAUUUUGCUACAAAAUUUAGAAAAACUGAAAAACGAGGUAUUGUUUUUGUAAUUAUUUGAAAAAUUAAAAAUGAAAAAUAAAACUAUUUUCGAUAUACAGCUAGUUUGCCCUAUUGUAUAUCAAAUGAACUGUAAAUAUUAUUUUUGUCAAAACAAUACUGUCUCCAUUUAAAUAAUGGGUGUUUUUCCCUCUCUUAUUCUGCUCUCAAGAGGGUAGCAUCAUACUCUAAAUGUGUAUCAUAUUGGGGCUUUCUAUUUGGUUGCUAUGACUUCCACAGUGCUGAGGAUCACAGUACUCUCUUUUCUUUUUUAAUAUUUGGUUUAGGUUGCAUCA